ACCUCAUCUCGCGAAUUGCGCCUCUCAAAACAAGCUCCCACAGUUUCCUCGAGGUACUGGGCACACUCCACAGUACUACACCCUCCCGCUCUGCUCCUUCUACCCUACCAAUUCCGAGCGCACUUCCAAAAUGGCGACCGCCACCGUAACCGUAGACGACGACAUCAUGGAACCCACCCUCCAAUCGAUCCUCGACCAAAAAACCCUCCGCUGGAUCUUCGUCGGCGGCAAAGGCGGCGUCGGCAAGACGACAACCUCCUGCUCCCUCGCCAUCCAGCUCGCCAAACACCGGAAAUCCGUCCUCCUGAUCUCGACCGACCCGGCGCACAAUCUCAGCGACGCCUUCAACCAGAAGUUCGGCAAGGACGCGAGAUUGGUAAAUGGCUUCGAUAACCUGAGCGCCAUGGAGAUUGAUCCGAAUGGGAGUAUUCAGGAUCUGCUCGCUGGGGGAGGUGAGGGCGGCGAGGAUGCCAUGGCGGGGUUGGGGGGAAUGGGGAGUAUGAUGCAGGAUUUGGCGUUUAGCAUACCCGGCGUCGACGAAGCCAUGUCCUUCGCCGAAGUCCUCAAACAAGUCAAAUCCCUCUCCUACGAAGUCAUCAUCUUCGACACCGCGCCCACCGGCCACACCCUCCGCUUCCUACAAUUCCCCACCGUCAUGGAGAAAGCCUUGGCCAAGAUAUCGCAACUCUCGCGGCAAUUCGGACCCAUGCUGAACUCGUUCCUUGGGGGCGGCGGACGUCUUCCCAAUGGCCAGAAUGUAGACGAGUUGGUGGAGAAGAUGGAGAGCCUGCGCGCGACCAUCAGCGAGGUGAAUGGGCAGUUCAAGGACGCCGAUCUCACGACGUUUGUGUGCGUGUGUAUACCAGAGUUUUUGAGCUUGUACGAGACGGAGAGGAUGAUUCAGGAGUUGAAUUCCUACGAGAUCGACACGCACGCCAUCGUGGUGAACCAGUUACUGUUCCCCAAGAAGGAUAAUCCAUGCGAACAGUGUAAUGCGCGGAGGAAGAUGCAGAAGAAGUACUUGGAUCAGAUCGAGGAGCUGUACGAUGAGUUCAAUGUGGUCAAGAUGCCCUUGUUGGUGGAGGAGGUGAGAGGCAAGGAGAAGUUGGAAAAGUUCAGCGAAAUGCUGGUCAAGCCGUUCCAACCGCCGGAGUAGGGCUUCACGAGAGAUAUUAUUGACUAG